CCGCUUCCUCUGUUCGACGGACGGACUCUGCUCAGCUCAGUCCCAGGUGCAGGUACCGACACCGAACCGGUCCCGAAUACCGUAGAACCGCUGCUCUGGUGGAUCUGGACCCGCGAAGGUCGAAGCUGGAUCCGUAUCCUUCGACUCCAAACCCGGUUGGAAACACGGGCGGUUUAACGCAGCCUCCCCGGUCUGUUUGACGGGCUUUACCAGGAACAUAACCCAUGUAAGCGGCGGAUAACCGACUGAAAUAACCAUUAAACUGUACGAAGCUGCAUGCCGAACAGUGGACUGGAUUCUGUGGAUUUCAUCUGACUCAGAGCUUCUUCUUCUACGGUAGGCAAACCGGCUAAAAUGCCGUCCAACAAAUCGGUGUCAGACGCUCCCAUCACUCAGUUCAUCAACUGUCGCAUCCUCAGAGACCACCAUCUGCAGAGGGAAGAUCUGUGGGUUCGUGAAGGACGGAUUUUAGAUCCAGAGAAGCUGUUUUUUGAUGAGAAGGGAUACGCAGAUGAACGAGUGGACUGUGAAGGCAGCAUCAUCGCCCCCGGGUUUAUAGACGUCCAGAUCAAUGGUGGGUAUGGGAUCGACUUCUCUCAACCGUCUAAUGACGUCAGCAGUGGAAUCUCACUGGUGGCUCAGAAGAUUCUGGAACACGGCGUGACGUCCUUCUGUCCGACGCUGGUCACCUCCCCCCCGUCCGUCUAUCACAAGGUUCUGCCUCAGGUCAAAGUUCACGGCGGAGGUCGUCAUGGAGCUGGAGUUCUGGGUUUCCAUCUGGAGGGUCCGUUCAUCAGUCUGGAGAAGAAAGGAGCUCAUCCUGAACAGUAUCUGCGAACCUUCAGCUCCGGAGGAAAGGACGACCUGAUGGAGACCUACGGCGGCCUGGACAACGUCGCCAUGGUAACGCUGGCUCCGGAGCUGCCUAACAGCCAAUCAGCAGUGAGAGAGCUGUGCCAGAGAGGCAUCACUGUGUCACUAGGUCACUCAGUGGCGAAUCUGUCGCAGGCAGAGGAGGCGGUCCAAGCCGGAGCGUCCUUCAUCACCCACCUGUUCAACGCCAUGCUUCCUUUCCACCACCGGGACCCGGGCAUCGUGGGUCUGCUGACCAGCGACCAGAUCCCCCCGGGUCGGAUGGUGUACUACGGCAUGAUCGCUGACGGCAUCCACACCAACCCCGCCGCCCUGCGCAUCGCCCAUAGAGCACACCCUUCAGGGUUGGUGCUGGUGACGGAUGCCAUCACGGCCAUGGGCCUGCCUCCAGGUCGACACACUCUGGGACAACAGGUGGUGGAGAUCCAGGGCCUUCACGCCUACGUGGCAGGGACGACGACGCUCUGCGGCAGCAUCGCCACCAUGGACAUGUGUGUGAGACACUUCAAACAGGCAUCAGGCUGUAGUGUAGAAGAAGCCCUGGAAGGCGCCUCACUGCAUCCGGCUCAACUCCUGGGAAUCAGCCACAAGAAGGGAAACCUGGACUAUGGAUCAGACGCAGACCUGGUGCUGCUCGAUGAUGCUCUCAACGUCAAGGCCACCUACAUAUCUGGAGAAGAGGUUUGGAGAAGAGGAGCAUAGAAGAGGAAGAGGAGAAGGAGGAGCAGGCAUGGCGUUCCCUCAGUGCCUUCAGUAGAACCUGUUCUGGUGAAUGUUUUAAUUCAUCAGACCGUCAUCAAAGUGUCUGUUCAGUUCUUCCUCAUCCUGGUUCAACACUUUAUCAGGAUGAAUUAAUGUUAAAUGUAUGAAGAACAUGAAUCGUUCUGAUGUUGGACCUUUUCAUGAAGCACCAGCAGAUCAUUAAUGACCUGGAAAACAACACCAACAGUCACACUGACACUGUCGACAUCUGAUCACUGUUUCCAUGACGACUGGAUGAAUGAAGAGUUCAACACGUAAAGAUCGAAGUCAGUGAAGUUCAGGUUCUACGUUCACACCAAGAUGAUCUAAAGUGGAUCAGAACCAGGAAAAUAACAGAAUAUCCAAUAAAUAAUGAAAAAUUCAAACUUUU